AUGGCAGAUUUAGAUCUACCUAACGAAAUCACUACAAUUGUUCUCUCAAAUUUACCUGUCAAAUCCCUGCUGCGAUUCAAGUGUAUUUCUAAGCCAUGGAAUUCUUGGAUCUCAAGCCGCCGACGACAAGGAGCAAUUGCUUGGAAUUCUUGGAACUCUACACUUUUCUUCCGAUUCAUAAACCAACAACUCACUUUAGACGAACUCAAUUAUACUUCAAGUGAUGAUGAUAUUUACCUGCUAAGUUGUAGCCUUUUGGGUUCUUGUGAUGGUCUUAUACUGAUUAAUCGAAACGAGCAUAUUUACUUGUGGAAUCCUACCACCCAAUUUUACACCAAAGUGCUUGAGCUUGAUCGCUUGAACGACGAUGGCUAUUCGAUACGCGGGGGACUUUGUUUUGACUCCUCCAAAAAUGUUUAUAAGGCAGUGUUGAUUAUGCGCCAUCAGACCCCAGAUUAUGGUGGUGAAUUUGUUAUAGUUACUAGUCUUAAGGACAAAAGAUGGAGGACAGUCAAAUUCCCUUAUGAUAUCUGCUCAGUCUGUGAUGGGAUUACACUACAUGGACGACUUCACUAUAGGUUAAGGGUUAAAAAGAAAGACGAGAGUAUGUGGGAUAGUUUUGGUCCUUGUAAAGUGUAA